UCACUUCCUCCUCUCAUAUACAUCAAUAUCAUACAUUUUAUAUUAUAUUAAUAGUAAUAAUUAAGUAUUAAAAUCAAAUAUUAAUUAUGGAGAGUACUAGGAAAGUAAUAAGCUCUGGAAUGUUGUUGUUGUUGCUCUUUGUUCUUUUGGCCUCCAAUUAUGAAGUGGUAGAGGGAAGAGUAUGUGAAAGUCGUAGUGAACGUUUCUUUGGGAAAUGCACAACUGACAGUGGUUGCACCUCCACUUGCCGGACCGAAGGAUUCGCCGGUGGACGAUGUACCGGACUCCGUCGUCGAUGUUUCUGUUCCAAAAUAUGCUAGCCUUAAUUAAUUAUUAUAAUUAAAUAUCAUAUCAUAUGUACUACUACGUACUAUCGAUCAUAUGAAUAAAUAAUAAAUAAUUAAUUAUAUA